AGUUACUACUGGAUAGUUCUUGGACUACAACCAUGAAAUUACUUCAGGAUUCACAGGACGCAAAGGCCCAAAAGAAGAGUCUCAAACCUCAGGUGGAGAGACGUCGAAGAGAGAGAAUGAACCGCAGCCUGGAGAGCCUGAAGACUCUUCUGCUACAGAGACAGGAGGAGACUCAGCGCAGGGUGGAGAAAGCUGAGAUACUCGAACACACAGUCCUCUUCCUCCAGAACACUGCCAAAGAAGACAAGACGAGAGCUGGAGGUGGAGGCGGGGGCGGAGGCCGGAAGCACUCCUUCCAAGACGGCUUCUCCACCUGCCUGCAGAGAGCCGCUCAGUUCCUGGGACCUGAGGGGAAAGGCUUGUGGCUCGGAGCAGCGCUGGACGCAUCUUUUGCCGCUCGCUUCGCCCGUUCAGACUCUGAUUCUGCAGGCGUCCAGGGGAGAACUGAGGCCCGCUCCUCCACCAGCUCUCUGCUUCUCAGGAAGACGUCCAGAUCUAUUCUUCGGCUGCUGAUAAACAGGUCCGGACACAGACUGUGCACGCCCGUCUCAAAUGUGGCCAGCUGUGUUCAGACCCCGGGAGAAUCACGUCGUUCUCCCACAACUCCUCAACAGCCCCACAAAGUGGCGAGUAGAGCGAGCAAACAGAGUCCGUCGCAAAGCCACCCGGUCAGCCAGUGUUUGUGGAGGCCCUGGCCCUGAGUUACUAAAGAAACUGAACUUUAAAUGACUCUAACAUGCUGAUUCAGAUUCAUACAACAGCAUGUGUUGCUCAUUUGUCUUUCUACGAGGACAUUUUCAGUGCAAUGUAUUGAACACGGGCCUUCUGUUUCCUGUAAAUUCUGACACAUUUGUAGAUACUGUAAAAUUAUUAUGAUCACAUCCAGUGCUGCUACUGCCUCUACAGGCCGGCUCGUGAUAACUGUGUCAUUUAUUAAGUAUUUUUGCACCUUAAUUUAUUUUAUUUGUCAUUUGUAAAUAAACAAAAGGAAAAAUCACCAAACAAUGGCUGUGUGUUCAUUAAUUGUUUGCUGGCACGUGCCUCAGGGAGCGAGGUGUGGACUUGUGCUGCCACACGUGAGGAUGAAAGGCACCAUGUGGUGACAUUUCACAGUUUGACCCUUUCUUCGUUACUUCGAAAAAUUAUAACAUACAUC